GAUACCAAAAGAGGUGGUUGUUACUGAGAAUAAAAUUAUAUUGAAACCUGACAAGCUGUGCCCUGUAUAUCCUUCUUUACAAGCAGGACAUUGUUUGUCUGCAAACCUGCUUUGAUGUCUGAGAUGGAUCAAGAGGAGGAACAUAACGAAAAAGGCUCUAAGGAUAGAAAUAGCCUUGCAUUUGUGAUACCAGCUCCAAAGCCAUUUGGAAUGAGGAAGAAAUGGGAGGCAGCUGAGUCACGCAAGAAGCCUGCAAACAUAGAGCAAGAAGAUGGUCAGUUUGCAUCAAGAACAAAAAUCCAGAGAAGUUAGCAAUAGCAAUAGCAAAGCAUCGGCAAGUGGGCCAGGUAAUCUGUGGAGCUUGUGGAAAGAGCUUCGUCAAGACUUGUGAACUGUUCACACAUCAGCGUACCCAUACAGGUGAGAAGCCGUACCAGUGUUCAGGCUGUGGGCAUUGCUUUUCUGUCCAAUCCACACUGGCCAGCCACCAAAGUAUCCAUACUGGGGAGAAGCCUCACAAAUGCCAGGAGUGUGGCAAAAACUUCCGACUUAAGAGCAUUCUGGCCUGCCACCAGCGUGUCCACAAUGGUGUAAGACCAUAUCCAUGCGAGUACUGCGGGGCCAGCUACAGCACUAAAACACACCUGGUGUGGCACCUAAACAGUCAUACGGGAGAGAAGCUGUUUAAAUGUAGAGUGCUGGAAACGCUUUGGAGAAAUCUCCUCUUUGAUAGAGCAUCUUCUUUCCCACCCAGGUGAUAGUGGUGGUGGGGAAAUCAGAACUAUCACCACUGGUCGUUCAGAGAGCAGGAAUCCUCACCACUGUGACGACUGUGGAAAGAACUUCUGUCGGAGCACCACAUUAGCGGAGCACCGUCGCAUUCACACUGGCAAGCGUCCUUUGGCCUGUGAGGAGUGCGGGGAGAAGUUCAUGCGCCGAGCUCUCUACAACGAACACAUCCGCAUGCAUUCUGAAGAGGGCCCGCCCAACCUAUGUGUAGUUUGUGGGAAAUCCUUCACGAAGCGCUAUUCACUCCUUCAGCACCAGCGGUCACACACAGGAGAAAAACCCUACCAGUGCCCGGACUGCCCCAAAAGAUUCAUCGCUAGCUCUGCCUUGACACAACACCGACGAAUACAUACUGGAGAGACGCCCUACCCGUGUCCAGAUUGUGGGCGCCAUUUUAGCCAGAAAUCAGUGCUUACAACUCACCGGAGACUUCACACAGGUGAGAGGCCCUACAAAUGCCAAGAAUGCGGGAAAGGGUUUAGCCAAAGUUCAGCCCUGACCCAGCAUCUCCGGACUCAUACCGGGGUGUCUCCGUACAGCUGUGGGGAGUGCGGGAAGAGCUUCAGCGGUAUGUCAGCCCUCAAGCGGCACCACCUCACCCAUACUGGCGAACACCCCUUUCGUUGUGAGGAGUGUGGCAAGGGGUUCAAGCAAAGCUCCACUUUGGUCCAGCACCAGAGGAUUCACACCCACGAGAAACCUUACGCCUGUGUCCGGUGCAACAAGAACUACAGCCAGCGGGCUGCUCUUGUGAAGCACUUGAGGACUCAUGCCAAGGACUCCUCCCUUCCCAGGACAGGUGGUGAGCUGGUAGAUAAUAGCGUUUACAAAGACUCUUUCCUCCGGCCCCGAGAGGUAAAGAAUGACACAGAGAAUGACACAGAGGAAGUGCUGGCGCUCCCUCCAGGGACAUGGGACGCUGGGGUCAAAGAAGAGCCUGAGGAUAAGUGGGAGAAGAGUGUAUCGGCUGAGGCAAUGGGGCCAUUGAUACAGGUGAAAGAGGAGAAGCUGGAUGAGGCAUGGAUGGAAGAACCAACAAAAUCCCUAAGGAUCAAAGAGGAGCUGGAUGACUGAGGGGGUGGGUGAGAUGGAAGCUGGGCUUCAUGUGUUUUUAAAGGAAUGUGGAUGAAUGGAAACACUUUUAUGUAACCAGGUGGUGAGGGAGAAAGAUCUGUCUGCAGGGGUUAAUGUUUACAAAGAAAAGUUUGUAUCCGAAACCUG